AUGACGCCCGGGACUGAGCAGGCACCUGCCGCUCGCACCCUGGCGGCCCCGAACCCUCACGGCGCUUUCCAAGAGACAAUUUACGGCUUGGUUCCUGAGGUUCCCGCCGCAGCCCCAAGGAAGAAAGCAGCUAUUCUUCGCUCUUUUUCAGCAUUCCAGGCCUUUCCCGGCAGGGCCCCAAACGACAGAAGAGCCUCACCUGGCUUGGCCUUUCUAGCCGCGGGUUGGAGGGAUUCGGCCUGA